UUCCUAACAGUUUUUCCUGUUUGUUUUUUUUUUUCAAUUUAUUUCAGUCAUUCAAACUACAAUCCGUUUUCAACAUAAGCUAAUCGCACUCUCACAACAUUACUUUAACCAAUUUUUACCGAUAUCAAGAAGCCAGAGACUUUGCCACAUUUCGUCUCAGUGUGUAUUUAUUUACCAGGUGAAGUGCACAUGUGUGGUGUUUUUCCAGCUUCCUGAAAAAAUAUUGUGAUUUGUUUACUUCUGUGCUUUUUCCUUGACAUAACAUGUGAGGUUGCAGCGGUUAUUGCUCUUCAAGCCAUUCAGAAUAGUUUCCUGGAAAAUACUUAAAUACGAGUACAAAGUUCAACCUUUCAUCAUUAUUUACGUGUGUUUAACAAUCAACUGUAACUGAUCAUAAACAACUAUCAAACUAAUUAUUGAAUGCCUCGGUAGAAAGAGGUGUUUUCUCGAGUAAACACAAAAUUAAAAUCAACAGUAACGGUAAAAGCAGCAAUAUCAUUGUACAAUCACGUUCUCCAGUAUAACAUCAGCAUCGUCCAAUGCAUCUACCGGCGGCUACUAGCAGCGACUGCCAAAGCCCAUCGAUGCCAACCACAAUCAAUGACAUGUUUGCUAAUCUGCAUGAGAUGCUUCAGGAGUAUCACGGCGAGCUUGUGCAAACGGGAUCACCCGCAGUUCUCUGCUCAGCGUUGCCAACGCACUGGCGUUCCAACAAGAGCUUACCAUGUGCGUUUAAAGUGAUAGCACUAGAUGAUAUCCAAGAUGGCACGCUCGUGACUAUAAAAGCCGGCAAUGAUGAGAACUUCCACGCUGAGCUCCGUAACGCGACUGCGGUUAUGAAGAAUCAGGUGGCAAAAUUCAACGAUCUUCGAUUCGUCGGGCGAUCUGGGCGCGGAAAGUCGUUCUCGAUCACCAUCACAAUUAGCUCGUACCCGUGCCAGAUUGCUACCUAUACAAAAGCGAUUAAGGUGACGGUAGAUGGACCACGCGAGCCUCGAUCCAAGCAAAAUUUCGCCUACGGUCACCCAGGGCCAUUCAAUCCUUUCAUUCUGAAUGCGGGCUGGCUUGAUGCGGCUUACAUGAACUACGCAUGGUCCGACUACUUUCGUCAACACCAACAGCAGCAAGUGAUGCAGGUGCCACCAUCAUCAGCGGGUCCUCUACCGGCAUCUGUUGGAUGCCACGACAAAGUUAGCAGCGGUACUAUAAGUAACGGACAUAUAAUAAGCAGUACCACUAAUGCUGCCAGCAUCGUCGAACCGGCGAAAGAUAUUGUGCUAGUUCGCACAUCAUCCAGCCAAUCAGUGCCUGCCCCGACCAUGGCGCCGGGUAUCAUUCCACCAUCGAAAGGUCUGCCUAGUCCAGCAUUACUAGCGAGUCCCACCUCCACGUACCCACCAAGAGCCAUUUCUUCUCUUGAAAUCCACUCGGAUCCGCAGCUGGUUAAGCCACCCUUUUUGCCUUAUGACAUAGCCGCUUUUCGAUCCACAGCAGCGGCUGCAGCAGCAGCAGCCGCUGCAGCGGCCACAAACGGAAUACUUCGCCCUGCAGAGCUAUCCACCACUAUCGCACUCCACCAGUCGACGAAUAUCGAUUCAGUUUCGUCGCGCCUUUCUCCAGCCUCUUCGCGCAAUUCUAACAACAGUCCACCUCCUGCGCUGUCUACAGCGGCUGCGGCAGUUGCUGUAGCUGCAGCAGCAGCUGUCUCACUCCCACAGGCCCUGCUCCACUCGGCUCCAAAGGGAAUCAUUGAUUCUACACAAAACCAGUACCAUGUUCACCAUCACAAUCACCAGUCCAAAUUGGUGGACCUAAGACCUAGUUCAACCCUUGGUCAGCCACCCCAUUUACCAGAUGGAUCUGUACUUGGAGUUAGCAGCAGUAGCAUUGGGAACGAUACUAGUAACGGUGAUCUUUCGUCCGCCAAUGAAGAUGAAUCGGACGACGAACAGAUCGAUGUGGUUAAAUCUGCGUUCAUACCGAUACUACGGCCACCAGCGGCACUGUCUUCUGAAACAACCGUCUCCGGAAGUUCUAAUACUCGUGAAAAUUCUCCCGACAUAAGUUACCUAGACGCAACCGUAGUGCAAAAGCCAGAGACACCGGACUCGACUACAGCUCUGACCACUGAGGCAAACUCUCCAGCUCGCUAUGGGCUUAGAUGUGAUUUCAAGGCACAAUCCACAAAAAAACAAAUCCUUCACGAGUCCGGAACUGGGAUUGUUUGCAUUAAACAGUCACUUCCUACUCCGCAGCUAGAAUCUCCGGAACGUACCAAGUUGCGAUCUCCUAAUCUGAUCAAGCAGACGCAAAAGACGGUGUGGCGACCUUACUGAAGCCAAUGGGAAGGCGCUGUAGCGCUAAUGAUGUACCGAAGAUAUCGACUUACAUCUGCUAAACAUUUGAUCUCGGGGAACGAACUGUGCAGAUGUUUAUUGUAAUGCACAUACAUCCCCCACUAAUAACGGACCUUGUAAAAUUUAAAUGGUGAUAUUAACGUAAAAUAAAAGAGGAAUGGUGUUGC